CGCCGGGCCAUGGCCAACGCGUCGCAGUGCCUGGAGGAGGGCGCCGGGCGCUGGCCGCCGCGGCCGCCCGGGCCGUACAGCGAGGCGCAGCGGCUGGCGCUGGAGGAGCUGGUGGCGGGCGGCCCCGAGGCGCUGCGGGCCUUCCUGCGGCGGGAGCAGCUGCCGCCGUUCCUGUCCGAGCCCGAGGUGCAGGCCAUCGCGCGGGCCGCGCUGCCGCCCGCCGCCGCCCCGGAGCCCGCGGAUGAGCCCUCGCUGGACGGCUCCUCGCUGGACGGCUCCUCGCUCACCUACUUCCCCGAGCGCUCGGACCUGGAGCCGCCGGCGCUGGAGCUGGGCUGGCCGGGCUUCGGCAGCGGGGCGUUCCGCGGGCUGACGCGGGUGGAGGCACACUUCCAGCCCGGCUGCGGGGACAGCAUCUACGGCUGCAAGGAGGCGGUGCGGCGGCAGAUCCGCUCCGCCCGGCAGAUGAUUGCCCUGGUUAUGGAUUCCUUCACAGAUACCGAUAUCUUCAGAGACCUCUUGGAGGCUUGUAGCCAGCGGCAAGUUAAAGCGUACAUACUUCUAGAUCAGUCUUCAUUCUCCCACUUUCUCAAAAUGUGCAAGGAUCUGGGAGUUGACCUUGAACAGGAAAAGUUGAUCAGGAUUCGAAACAUCACGGGGAGCACAUACUGCACAAGGUCGGGUGCCAAGAUUGUUGGAAAAGUCUGUGAAAAGUUCAUGUUAAUUGAUGGCAUUAGAGUGACAACAGGCUCCUACAGUUUUACCUGGACAGAUGGGAAGCUCAAUAGCAGUAACAUUUUGAUCCUGUCAGGCCCCGCAGUUGCAGACUUUGACCUGGAAUUUCGGAUUCUUUAUGCACGGUCAAAACCUAUCAACCUCAAAGAGUUAUCCAGCUGCAAGAAGAAUAAGGUGUUGGACCAGCUGGUCAGGAUAACAGUGGCUUCCAGAGACUUAACCAGGGAAAACUUCCUGCGAAUGGAGUGUUUGUAUCUUAGAGCAUUUGUAGGAAAUCUAAAAAGGAAGCGAAGCUGGCUGCAUGCUUCAAGGGAGGCAGUCUAUGUGUCAAAUAAUGCAAUGCAUACCUCCCCUCCCCUGACUAAGAGCAAUGGCUCUCUAGCUAUGAGGCCACACUGGAUCAUAGAGAGAUGAAUUGCACAUUCACUGCAAGCGAGCAGCAGAACCUCAGGAGCCAUGUCCAGCCUGCCAUGCCCAGUACUGUCCUUACAGUGUGUUCAUGAGAGCAGCUGGGAAACAAACCUCAAACUGAAAGAGAUACUGGAGUUGUGGCUUUUUUUGAAGACCACUAUAAUGCUGAUGAACAGAUACAGUGGUGAUGUUGUGUUAGGCUGAGAUGUGUAUUUUAAAAAUCCCCUCUAACACCUGGAAAGCCAUUAUUGACUGCUAGUAGUCUGUCAGAUUUUCAUAUUUUAACCUAUUCUUAUAUGUUUUAAGCUGCUGAGUUAGCAGUGUCUUAGCUCAGUAGCUCAACCCCCUGAUUUUUUUUUUAAAGGACUCUAGGUAUAGAAAAUCAUGUUGCUUAAAAGUCUUUCAAAGAUGAACAGCAUGAGUGCUGUAUGCCAGUAGAGCCGAAUGAGACCAUUUUCUUGGCAUUUCUGUAUAUAUUUUUUUGGUUUCUUUAUGGUUGCUACUGCUGUCUGAUCUUAUGGGAAGAGCUGUGUAGAUCUGAAAUGUGUGAAGCUGCUGCUACUUCUCAAAAGCCUGGCUUCCACCAGACAUAGAAGAACACAAAAGUCAGAAAUAGACCCAGUUUAUUUUGGGGUUUCAUGGCAAGCUUGAUUAAAAAAAAAAAACAACAACAAUCCAAACCCAAACGAACAA